CCAUGGCCUCACCUGCCCGAAAACGAUACCCCAAAUUCUGUAUACAUUCAGACAAACUCCAAUUCCAGCCUCUGUUCUUCACAACCACAAAUGGGUUUCGGUUUCGGUUUCGAUUUCGAUUUGGGUUUCUUCAUCUUCCUCUGUUCAUCCUCAUGUUUCAAAUUCACUCCUUCCCUGUCUGAAUCUCCUCCAAAUUCAAUUACCGCCGAUCAGUUAGCCCUGUCAGAAUUCAAGAACCAAAUAACAAAUCCAGACACUAUCCUCGCCAACAAUUGGACUUCCGACACCUCUGUCUGCUCCUGGAUUGGCGUUUCCUGCAGCCCCGCCGUCGGUCCACGGCGGCGCGUCAUUUCCCUGAUUCUCCCCGGCCUGAAUCUCCGGGGACCAAUCUCCCCCUCCAUCGGAAACCUCUCUUCCCUCUCCACACUCGACCUCAGCAACAACAGCUUCCAUGGCAGCCUCCCCGACAACCUAGUUCUUCUCCCCCGCCUGAAAAGAUUCAAUCUUUCCGGCAACCAUUUCGCCGGUCCGAUCCCUCCAUCCCUCUUCAACUUAUCCUCUCUCCUUUCUUUAGACCUCUCCAACAACAACCUCACCGGAGAAUUCCCUCCGACCUUAUGUCGAUCCUUCGACUUGACCACAUUAGACCUUUCUUACAACAAUCUCACCGGAAAAAUUCCUCCGGACAUCGGCUGCCUGUCGAAGCUCGAACGCCUCUAUUUCACCGAUAAUCGAGUUUCCGGCACUAUCCCUCCUUCCCUUGGCAAUGUCUCCACUCUGCGGCUAUUAGGCUGCGUCGGAAACCGAAUUCACGGCCGUCUUCCUCGCGAGCUCGGCCGGCUGCCGAAUUUAGAAAUGCUCGGAUUCGACUACAACAACCUCACCGGCAAAAUCCCACCGGAGAUCUUCAACAUCUCUUCAUUAGUAUACAUUGCCCUGACGGAUAACAACCUCUCCGGCAGGCUUCCGGUGACUGCCGGCAUUCGCCUUCCGAACCUGCAAGGCAUUUACUUAGCUGAUAAUACACUCACCGGCGACAUUCCACCGUAUAUAACAAACGCCUCGCGGCUGAAAGAGCUCGAGUUGUCGUACAACAUGUUCGAUGGAAUAGUGCCGAGCAAUCUCGGCGAUCUCCGGGAUCUUGUUUUCGUUAAUCUCGGAGGCAAUCGUCUUCGGAACGAGCCCGGAAAAUCGGAGCUUCGAUUUGUCGACACCAUGGUAGAAUGCAGAAAGCUUCAGUUUCUUAUAGUAGGGAACAAUCCUCUUGAUGGAACUCUUCCUGAUUCUGUUACGAACCUUUCGACCUCCGUCGAAAUGUUCAACAUCGAGAACGGCCGUGUUCGUGGCCGGAUUCCCGCCGGAAUCGGAAACAUGACCAGAAUGACGGCGUUGCUUCUCAAUGGCAAUCGGCUGACAGGCGAAAUACCGACGGAGAUCGGUUAUCUGAAACAGCUGCAGAGGUUGUACUUAAAUCGAAACAUGCUGCGAGGGCGCAUACCGGUCGAGCUAUGCGACUUAGUUUGGCUAGGCUAUUUAGUCCUGUCCGAGAACGAUCUUUCGGGUUCUUUGCCGAGCUGCGUGGGAAAUCUUCGACGAUUACAGAGACUGUUCUUAGAAUACAACAGAUUCGCGUCGAGCUUGCCCUCGAGUCUAUGGGAAAUUCGAACUCUUUUGUUUUUGAACAUGUCAAAUAAUUUGCUUCAAGGAGAGCUGCCGGAGGCGAUUGGUAAUCUGGUGACGGUGCAAGAGAUCGAUCUUUCGAAUAACCGUUUGUCGAGUGUGAUUCCAAGCCGGUUCGGGGAGCUUGUUGAUCUGAGGUAUCUGUCUCUUUCGAACAACUCGUUUAAUGGUUCAAUUCCAUCGUCGUUUGGGGAUCUUACGGGCUUGGAAUCAUUGGACUUGUCGUUGAAUAAGUUAUCAGGUGCUAUACCGUCGUCGUUGGCGAAUCUGCGAUACCUUAGAGACAUUAAUCUGUCGUAUAACGAUCUCCUUGGCGAAAUACCGGCUGGUGGUGUGUUUUCGAAUUCAUCUCCUCGAUCGUUCGAAGGGAACGGAGGUUUAUGCGGCGAUGUUUCGUUGCAAGUUCCUCGUUGUCGUUCUAACAAAAGUUCGAAAGGAUCGAAGUCUAGGAGUCGAGUUAUUAGCAUUGUUGUUCCGGUGGUCAUUUCGAUGACGAUAGUAAUGUUCUUGUUGUUCUGUUGGAUUCGAAAGAAACGAAGACGCGUAAAACAGGGGAAUCCCGAGCAUGUCGCGAUUAGGCCUCACCAAAUAAUAUCGUAUAAAGAAAUUCUGCGCGCCACGGAUGGAUUUAACGACGCGAAUCUGCUCGGGAUAGGCAGCUCAGGCUCGGUGUAUAAGGCUGUUCUUCGCGAUCAAACGGUUGUCGCUGUGAAGGUUCUUAAUAUGAUCGAAGAGGAGACGUUACGAAGAAGAUUUGAUGCAGAGUGCGAAGCGCUGAGACGAAUCAGACACAGGAAUCUCGUCAAGGUUAUCACGACUUGCUCCAACGGUGACGAUCUUAGGGCCAUUGUUCUCGAGUUCAUGCCGAAUGGAAGCCUCGAUUGCUCGUUGCAUAAACAGGACUGUGUGUUGGAUCUCGUCGCGAGACUUGAGAUCAUGCUUGAUGUGGCGAUGGCAAUCGAGUAUCUACACCACAGUGGCGACUCUCCGGUGGUUCAUUGCGAUCUCAAGCCGGCGAAUGUUUUGCUCGACUCGGAAAUGGUUGCUCGUGUUAGCGACUUCGGCAUCUCGAAGAUAUUAUCCGAAAACAAGUCGAUUGUGCGAACACGGACUCUAGGGACGCUCGGCUACAUCGCUCCAGAGUACGGUUCGGAUGGGACAGUGUCCACGGCCGGCGAUGUUUACAGCUACGGCGUAAUGGUGAUGGAAGUGCUGACGAGACGAAGGCCAACCGAUGAUUUAUUCGAUGACAAUCGAAGCCUGAGGCAAUGGGUAAGAGCAGCUUAUCCCGACUCUUUGAGAGAAAUUCUCGACUCCGAUCUUUUCCUGCAGGACGAAGGCGAGCUAAAUGUUCAACGCGAUGAAUGCCUCCUCUCUGCAGUCGAGCUUUCUCUUGACUGCACAGAGGAGGCGGCCGGCGACAGAAUCGACAUUUAUGAAGCUGUGGUCAGGCUUAGGAAGAUCAAACAUAAGUUCUUACAUGGCAAAAAGGAAACAUGAUCUUACUCUGACUAACAAUUAUUACGAUACAUAUAUGUUAGAAAUACCAAGGCAUAGAUCGUUUUCUAAUGUAAUGUUCAUGCUUUUAUUGGUUUGUCAAAGAGACACGAGUUGAAAACAUUGUUCAAUCUUGGCUAAUUAAAUAUGUAACCUUUCAAAAUAAUAAUUAGUAGUAAUAUAUUCAAGAUUUUGGCCAUGGUUGGU